AUGGCGGACCCGAACGAAUCAUCGCAGUUUUUACUCCAACCUUUGAAUUUUGGAACAUCGACGUCACCUUGCCCGAGCACUGGAAUGGCUGCGUAUGACAUGGCCCAAAGUGAUAUCUCUGAUAGAAGACAAGAUGAGGCGUCUUCGGUUACUGGUGGAAAUCAUGGGCAUGACGAAGCCACAGGAGGAUGGGAUAAUGAACACGCCACGGAGGCCUGUACCGAGAUCACCGGCCUUUUGAUCCGGGAGACUGGAAAGGAUGACAACACUGGCUCCGCAAAGAAUCAUCAAAGAAACAUUUUUUUAGUCUGGAGCCUUGAGUUGGGCCUCCUCCUAUUGGCAAUCGGGCUGCUCGGAUCCAUUUUCGCUAUCCUCGGCGCGUACAACACUCAUGAGUUGCCUGAUUGGAAUGGCAAGAUAGGAGUUGGCAUCACACUCAACGCUCUUAUUGCCGUGAUUGCUACCAUCUUCCGCUCAGUCAUAGUCUUCGUGGCCUUGGAGGUCUUGGCUCAGCUGAAAUGGGACUGGAUCUCAAAGACAUUCAGACCCGUGGGCGAUAUGCAGCGCUACGACGAUGCGUCCCGAGGCGCAUGGGGCUCACUGAUGCUUCUUCCGGUUGUGUUUAAGCGCCAACCGCAGGCCAUCAUAGCCGUAAUAGUCGUUGUUGUUUCUCUGGCCAUUGGACCUGUAACUCAACAGUCAAUACAGCCGUACUAUUGCGCUCAGCUUGCACCAGAACGGUUGGCGACAAUCACUGUAGCCAACGAACUCGAUGAGGACCUUUUCUAUUACCAGGAGCGCCCGUCAUCAUGGAAACUUCACGUCGGACUGAAAGCCGCAAUCCAGGAUGCCGUGGUUAAUCCUUCGCAGAGCUCAAAUGCUGACGGCCUCUUCGAAUGUCCUUCAGGAAACUGUACUUUUCAUGCCUAUUCCGACCACCCUGGGCAGCCUGACGAGGAGCGGGUUUCGCAUGCCAGUUUGGGUAUGUGCAGUCGUUGCGAGGACAUUUCAAGUCUUGUAAAAGUGAGAGUGGAUCGUAAUGCCGAAACCGACUUGCAUCAAGCUAUACUGAGUAUGGGCGUGCCAUCUCGAGAUAAUGAAUCGGAUCGUAUCGAGAUCAGUUCGGGCACCUCAUCUCAAAGCGCACGGUAUUUGGAGUCCAAAAUUACCGAGGACUUUUGGUGGGCGGACAAAGCAUUACCAAAAGACUUCCUCAACACUGCGCGUUGGUCAGCAGCGAAUUUGACUAUACUAGCUUUCUCGCAGCAAAACUGUCAAAACAAUACUGACGGCAGUAUGUCGUGUCCCCUAGUCGGUGGUAGGGAAAAGGCCAAGGGUCCUGUGGCCUGGGGCCAACCAACUGGCUACAUUGCCGCUGCGUGCAUCUUGUAUCCAUGCCUCAAAUAUUAUGCUGGCACUGUGAACUUGGGGUCGUUCUCGGAGCGUGUCGUCAGAAGCACACCGUUGCGUGUACAAAUCCCAAAAGUUCUUGAGGACUCAUCUGCUAAACUUGCAGCUAAUGAGGUUCCCCAAGGCUUGGCGGGCGUUCAAUAUCCUUGUUUUGUCAACGGUACACUAUACACCUCGACGAAUAUGACUUCAGAAUCCGAGAAGCUUCCAGAAGACGCCACACGAAGUGUCUUCAUUCAUCGCGAAGGCUGGGAGAACCAUAGCCUCCACGAAGCCAUUGGCUACCGUAUCGUCACUGCUCCUCGCGAAUGCGUCAUUUCACUCCGGCACCUAUUCAUUUAUUCUUUGCGGCGGAGUCUUUCUGAGGCCUUCAACGCGUACUGCAGACCUGAAGGCUUCCAGACCAACUUCGUGUCCUGUUACACAGAUACCGAGGCGAGCUCAUUGCCUAUGAUAUCUAUUCUACGCCCCCGUUCCACAAAUAUACACACUAUAUCAGAGUCGAUGGAUUCCAUGGCCAUACGCCUAACGACAGAAUUUCGACGUGCCGGAUUGAACGCCUAUGGCAAUUCUAGCGCGAUCGUUCAAGGUCAGGUCUGGGAAAACAGAUCAUGCCUCAAGGUUGCCUGGGAAUGGCUAGUGUUGCCAGCAGUGCUAUUAUCGAUGUGCAUUGUGUCGAUAGUUUGGCUUAUCAUCAGUGACCUACUAUGUAGACGCAACGUCGUCGCAUGGAAGGGUUCGAUUCUGCCAUUCCUGCUCAACCAUCAGGUACCUAUAUUGGAAAAGAUGAGUUUAGGAGAACUGGACUUGGCUAGCAAGAAGUUCGAGAUCAAAGUAGAAAGGUAA